UUUCUCUUUAUUCUACUUGAGCUGCUGCCUCUCUCAUAUUAUAUCUAGGAGACCAUAGAGAUCACCUUUCUUUCACAACUCUCUUCACACACCCACAAAGAAAAGGCAGAUCCAAGGUGGUGGUGGUUAAGCUGUCAAUCUUAUCAAUCAAUCAUAUAUCAAUCAAUCAAGAAAGCCCCAAUCAUCAAAUCAAUUUUUAAAAGAGUUUGAAAAAGGGUAUCUAAAAAUACAUCAUGUCCUCCUCUUCUACACUCUCUUUGGACCACCUUCCUACCUCCGAGCAGCUCUGUUAUGUCCAUUGCAACAUCUGCGACACUGUUCUCGCGGUUAGUGUUCCUUGCACAAGUUUAUUCAAGACUGUUACUGUUCGAUGCGGUCACUGCACCAAUCUCCUCCCUGUCAACAUGCGUGGUUUGAUUUUGCCAUCUGCUAAUCAGUUUCAUUUGGGACACAGUUUUUUCUCUCCUCAUCACAAUAUUUUGGAUGAGAUCCCAAACCCAUCUCCAAACUUCUUGAUCAAUCAAACUAAUGUCAAUGAUUUUAGCAUUCCAACUCGAGGAAUGACUGAUGAGCUUCCAAGGCCACCAGUUAUCAACAGACCUCCGGAGAAGAGACAGAGAGUCCCCUCAGCGUACAAUCGCUUCAUCAAGGACGAGAUCCAACGCAUCAAGGCUGGAAAUCCUGAUAUAAGCCACAGAGAAGCCUUUAGUGCAGCUGCUAAGAAUUGGGCCCACUUUCCCCACAUUCACUUUGGUCUCAUGCCAGAUCAGACUGUCAAGAAGACUAACGUGCGCCAGGAAGGAGAAGAUGUUAUGAUGAAGGAUGGGUUCUUUGCUUCAGCUAAUGUUGGUGUCACCACUCCAUACUAAUGAAUUAUAGGAAGUGGAGAUGAUGUUAGUUUUCUUUGUUCUUCAUUAGUUAGUCUUAUCUUGAUCUAGCUCCAAAAGAAAAACUUCAAAAGGAGAAAAAGAAAAAAAGAAGAAAGAAACUCUCUGUGUCUGUAAUUCUGCCUGCAACUAGCUAGUAGUGGCAAAAGAUGUCAAGUUCUUACAACUCUAAUCACUUCAUAACCCGCAUCUACUACUAAUGUCCUUCUAUGUGGAAACUUUAUCUACAAUGUACGUACUUCUAGAUAUUAAUUUCAUCUCCAUAAUAUAUAAAUCAACCAGUUCUAUCUACA